AUGCAGCGGCGUGAUUUGCCAGCAGAUCUACAACUGGAGAUGGCAUCGUGGGAAGACGAGGACUACGAUCUCGUCGCAUCAACAGGCAAAGCCGUUGCACACGGCAAAUUUGACGACGAGGAAGAUGAUGACGAUGUGGCAGAGGCAUGGGAUGCCGAAUCUGAAGAUGAGAGCAAAACAACCGCUGCUGUUGCGCCUACAAAGAAGAAGGGAACCUUGAAGGAUGCCCUUAAACGGCGGGAAGAGUUGCAAGCGGCUGAAGAAGCUGCACGGGAAGAGGCAAGGUUGACAGCGGCUCCUGAAGAGACACCGGAAGAGCGUCGCCUGCGGCAAAAGCAAAAAGAGCUCGAGUCUGACCUCAACAAUGCUGCUGACUUGUUUGGCGCAGCACACAUCACAGAAGAGGAUAAGACUCUGCUCAAGUCGCAAAUCAAAGGCGCGACGUUGUCUGAUAUCCUUGAUCCUGCACCAAAGACGAAAGAUGAAUUUGCUGAAGUCUGCAAGACCCUGACGCAGGGCCUGACGACACUUGGCAAGUCAAGGGAGUAUCCUCAGUUCAUGGUUGACCUUGUCAAGGGUCUGUGUGAGCCUCUCAAUGCAGAAGACACACGCAAGGUGCAGGCGAGUCUCAAUGUGUUGGUCAAUGCAAAGAACUUGGCAGAGAAGGGUGGCCCACAAAAGAAGAAGAAGGCCGCAGGGAAGCCUGGGCUGGCCAAGAUGGGUGCAGCGACCGCGAGCUAUAAUCGUGCGCUGGAUUCGUCUCGUCUUGACGAUGACUAUGACGAUGACUUCAUGUAG